CUAGCAACCUCUUGCAACACUACUGUCUUCUACUGGAAAAGCAACCCCAAAAAAGGAACAGUGGCAGAUGGCUAGAAUUCUUCUCAUCUUAGCCUCCAAAUUCAUCAUUUUAUCCAUUCUCUCUUCCUCUGGCCUCAUCCAAUGUAGCAGAGAAGAUGAUCAUGACUUUGUGAGCAUCCUAGAUCGGAAGCUACUCGGCCUAAAGGAAGAAAAGCUAAGUCGCUUUCGCAUCUAUUGGCACGACAUUGUUAGUGGUCGUAACGCUACAUCUAUCCAAGUGGUGCAACCCCCCAACGGAUCGGCAACUGGGUUCGGCAUAAUUAGUAUGAUCGAUGAUCCAUUAACCGAGGGGCCUAAGUUGAGCUCAAAAAUGGUUGGAAGGGCACAAGGGUUCUACGCACUCUCGUCACAAGAAGAGAUAGGCCUGUUGAUGUCCAUGAACUUUGCUUUUACUGUAGGAAAAUACAACGGUAGCACCAUUACAGUGCUGGGGAGAAACACAGUCUUAUCCAAGGUGAGAGAGAUGCCGGUGAUCGGAGGCAGCGGCCUUUUCCGAUUUGCCAGAGGUUAUGUUCAGGGUGGAGAUGAUGCCUGUCUAUAUAUGUACCAUGUGGAAUUACUCUAAAGAAGUUUAUGCGAUAUGGACUGCAAUUGCUAAUCAAUUUACAUAAGAUCAGUGGAUGAAACCAAUUUAGAGACAGGAAGGACAGUGGCAAGAUUGCACUAGGUGGAGGGAGUUGGGUAUUCUUUUCCUUUUGCCUUAAGGACUAGAACAAAAGAGAAGGCCCAGUCCCAACUUCGUUGAGGUCCUUUGGUAAAAGCAAAUUUUUAUUUUGAUACUUUAUAUUACUAAAGUUAGAAAAGUUAAAGUCAUAUGACUUUCAUUAUUUAAUUAAUAUGUAAAUGAUCAAGGCAAGUCAUACUUUGGGUAGGUUUUAUUUUUUGA